AUGAGUAACAAAACUUUUUCCUUUUUAGAAUGGCUGCAGAUUCGAGGAAGUGGUGAUGACCAUGACGCAGCAUUCAAGGAAGAUUAUUCUUGUAGUACCACCAAAAUCCGGUGCAGAAUGUCGACAUUUAAUGGUAGUUGUAGUAAAGCUAUUGACUGUGAUAACAUAAAACAAGAAGAAAAAAUUGAUAUUGUUGAAGAGCAAUUAUUUUUUAAAAUUGAAUCAUUGGAUGAAGAAACUAGAAACAAGGAAUUUUUUGUAGAAUUUUUUAAAUCAGUGGAAGUUGUAUGUGAUAUUUGUGGUGACACCAAAGUGCAAAGGGUGAUUAAGUUGAACCAGCAAGAACGAGUUAUUGGUGCUAUUCUUUUGAAGAAAAUUUUUAAACUUGGUUUUAAAUCACACAAGAUAUUCCACCGAAAAACCCCAGACCAAUCCUGCGGUCGUUGUUUCGUCCACCUAAUCUCAUUCAAAACCAACUUCAAAGACAAAUUUCUGGAAUACAAAACCAGAAAAAUGCAUCCGGCCUCUUACAACCAUGGCAUCGAAUGUCCUUGCGUCGACUGCAAAAACCAAUACGGCGACUUGGAUUUGAUUGUCCGAGGUAUCGAAACAAGAUCCUCUCCUUUACUACCGUCAACAAUAACCACAAUGACCAACGAAGAACAACAAUUUGAUGUUGGCCUACAACAACAACAAGAAAGCUUCCUAUACCCUUACAACUAUGAAAGUUAUUCGGAACAACAAACUUAUUCACAAACAAGUUACCAAGUAGAACCUUUACCAACGAUGCUCCAAGAAUUCGAGCCUCAACCUUCAACUUCACAUUACCAACCGCAUCAUGAGAGUGAAACUCCUAGGAAAAAAUCGAAAAAAUCUUGUCCCCAUUGUAACAAACAAUUCAAUCACACUGGGGAUUAUAGGAAGCACUUGAGGAAACAUACGAAAGAACGACCAUACGCGUGUCCGCAGUGCGACAAAAAGUUUUCGCACACGUCAAAUUUGCACAGGCACGAACGGUCGCAUAGUGGAGACAGGCCUUUUAAAUGUGAUUUUUGUAAUAAGGAGUUUAAUAGGAAGGAUAAGUUGGAUAGUCAUAGGAAUAGUAAAGCUUGUAUAAGUAAAAGGAGUAAUAAAUAAUGAUUAAGUAUUA